AUGAAACUCUGUUUUAUCAUUUCUAGAUUAUCUGUUUGCCUCGAGGCAGGUGUAAUUGCUUUGCAGGGUUACCAAUCUAGCGUUUUUCGGCAAGCUGUUGAAAUGAACAAUGUUUUACCGGAGAUAGCACCUUUAUUUGAGAAAACAAUUCCGUUAUUGCAAUGCUUGAUAAGUUGUAUUGCUUUGCCUUCAUGUCUGUCGGUGUUCGCCUCAAAGCAAGGAGAAACUUGUAAAGGAUACCAGUUCCCACAUCGCCAUAAAACUGGGAUAAAUUUUCUACACGUCGAAGGAGUAACAUAUUAUGCUAAAGUUCAUGAGUGUACAACGCCUGGUUACACCUGGAAUCCCACACACCUGUACUGCUAUAAAUAUCACACGUUAGGAAAGACGUGUGAGGAUGCAAGCACAGAAUGCAGAAAAGAAGAUUCCAGAAGUCACCUGUUUCUUGUGGACUCGAACAAUGCACUUUCAUUUUUGCAGAAUAUAAUUGAUAUUUAUCAACGGCCUAUGUAUCUUCAAGGAAAGAGACAAAACGAAUAUUCACAAUUCUUUGAUGACUUUGGGAAAAGAAUGACAUUUUUUAAUUGGACGAAAGGAGAACCUAAACCAAUAAUAGAUGCUCCCUACAUUAGAACAAUCAGUCGGUUUUCAGCGUUAACUGAAGUAUCAAAAGGACAUUUAAACCGGCAUUUCAUGUGUUUCAUUAUGUAG